CAGAAGAGGGAGCUGUGCUGGAUCUCCGGAGCACUCCAGCUUCUUUCUCCUUUGGGAGAUCCCUCCACGUAUCAGGCGGGCACUGAGUUUAUGAAAAUGUUUGAAGGUGACCGGACAAUCCAGUGAGGAGCAAAGGUUGCUAGGCGCUCAGGAUGGUGACCUUCCAGCCACACCUCCAAAGGGCAAGCUGGUGCAGCUGACAGUGGUAGGAAGAAGACGUCACUCCUGGUGGAGUGUGGGGUCCCGAUGGCAUAUGCAACUGGACAGCUGUAAAAGCCACCGGAGAAGCUCACUGCUGCUUCCUUCCGCUGACCUCUCUGCAGGACUUGUUCCAGUGCACUCAUAAAAGACGGCCUGCCUCAGCUGUGCUUUGCCAAGCAGCACUGUUAGCGGAGCCCAACUGCUGUAAGAUUAGAUGGGUCAGAGGCUUAUUUUCAGUUUUGAUCCUGCCUCCAGUGUGGUCUUGGGGGAAGCAGAAGGCUGCCCAGACCCUGGCAGGUGGGUUAGCAAAGGCUUGCGGAGCAGAUGCUGGAAGCGGCUCUUCCCAUGACGUGGUGCGCGGGUGGCCACGAUGCCCAUCACCCAGGAGAACGCGGGGCUCUUCCUCCCCCUCUUGUGCCAGUGGCUGCAGAACAGCCUGCGGGAGGAGGUGGAGGGUCCUGAGCAGAGCCUGUGUCGUUCAGCCAUCCAGAAGCUGAGAGAGUACAUCCAGCUGAACUUCUCUGUGGACGAGAGUAAACUGCAGCAAGGUGGUUCCAGUACUUUAGACAUGGAGAUCUGCACGGCUUACUUAGCCCAGGAGAUGAGAAAAACUGAGGUUCUCGGUUUGAGUUUUGGGAACAUCCCUGCUUUGGGAGACUAUGGAGAGAAACGGCGGGGCGGAAAAAAGAGAAAGGGUCAUAAAGGUCCAGUGCUUGACGUUGGAUGUAUCUGGGUGACGGACUUGAAGAAAAACAGCCCAGCAGGGAAGUGUGGGAGAGUGCGACUGAAAGAUGAGGUCCUUUCUCUGAACGGACAGUUGAUGGUUGGUGUGGAUGUCAGUGGGGCAAGUUACUUGGCUGAGCAGUGCUGGAAUGGCGGCUUCGUCUACCUGAUCAUGCUGCGCCGCAUCAAGCGCAAAGCCCCUCUGCCUCCCUCCAACGGCAACAACGGCAACGGCUGCGACCCCAAAGCGAAGCCGGGCCCCGAGCCGAGCGACAGAGCCGCCCAAAAUGGGAAAAGAACGAGGAAGUUCGGCGUCAUCACCAGGACACCGGGUGGCAAGGAGAGCAAGGAGAAGCCCGGCUCGGAGCCGGGCAAUGGGCACUGCACCCCCAUGGAGGUGGAGGCUCCUCAGCCGGAGUCGUCCGAGGCGGAGAGCUGCGUGGAGGAGCCGUUGCGCAGCCUCGGGGGACAGCACCGGUCCCGGCUGUCGGACGGUGGGAUGCCUGACGUGAGCGACCAGUCUGCCCAGCGAGAAGGUUGCCGUAUAUGGAAGAUGCACAUACUGAAAGGGACGGACGGGCUGGGAAUCCAGAUAACGGGAGGCAGAGGGUCGAAGCGAUCCCCUCACAGCAUCAUCGUCACCCACGUGGAGGAAGGAGGCCCUGCACACAGGGACGGCAGAUUGACAUCAGGCGAUGAGCUCCUCAUGAUCAACGGGCAGUCGUUGGUUGGGCUUUCCCACCAGGAAGCUGUGGCCCUUCUUCGCUCUGCAGCUGGCCUGGUGCAGCUGGUGGUAGCUAGCAAGGAAUCUGCUGAAGGGGAUUUUCUGAAGUACCCAUCUACCAGUUUGCCAGACUUGCUUAGCACUUGCUCGGUCCAAGACACUGUCUCUUGCACUGAUAAUAAAGAAAAUGAAGAGCCAGAAGAUGAUGAUGUGAAGGGAGUGAAUGUGACUCCUGAAACACUGGUUGCUGUCAUGGAAACAGAGAAGUCUCAAGAUCCAGCUUGUGCAGAAGCGUCCAAAGGAAACAACCAGAGUCCAACUCUGGGAAGUGGCAUAUUGAAAUACAGAAGUCGAUCCCAAGGUGCCGGAUCCCGGUUAGAAUCCGUGGGAGAAGAUGAUGAGCUGACAGUGGAAAACGGUGAACCGAAUUAUGAAAUAGCAGUGAAAUAUUCCCGGGGAGGGAGAAAACACUCUCUUCCCCAGCAGCUGGAAUCAGCAGGAGCCAGGCAGGACUACCAUAUUGUGAAGAAGUCUACCCGCUCCUUCAGUGCUGCCCAGGUGGAAUCUCCAUGGAGACUGACCCAACCGUCCAUUAUUUCCAACAUUGUCCUGAUGAAAGGGCAAGGCAAGGGUCUUGGAUUCAGCAUUGUGGGAGGUCAGGAUUCUGCUCGCGGACGCAUGGGGAUUUUUGUGAAGACUAUAUUCCCAAACGGAGCAGCUGCUGCUGAUGGAAGACUUAAAGAAGGGGAUGAAAUACUAGAAGUUAAUGGAGAAUCUUUACAAGGGCUGACCCACCAGGAGGCCAUUCAGAGGUUUAAGCAACUCAAGAAAGGCGUGGUGACCCUCACCGUGCGCACGAGGCUGCGCAGCCCCAGUCUCACGCCCUGUGCUACUCCCACCUUGCUGAGCCGGUCCAGCUCACCCAGCUCCAGUGCCAGCGGAGGCACUCCUGUCCCUGGCUCCGAUGACACGGACGGCUCCUCCUCCAGCCGCAAAGGCCCCGGACCGAAGGACAGGAUUGUCAUGGAUGUGACACUCAAUAAAGAGCCAGGGGUUGGGCUAGGCAUUGGUGCCUGUUGUCUCACGCUGGAAAAUAGUUCUCCAGGGAUAUACAUUCACAGCCUGGCCCCAGGAUCAGUGGCUAAAAUGGAUGGCAGAUUAAGCCGGGGUGACCAGAUCCUGGAGGCGGAUUCGGUGAGCCUGCGCCACGCAGCGCUGAGUGAAGCCUACGCCAUUCUGAGCGAGUGUGGUCCGGGUCCGGUCAGCCUUAUCAUUAGUCGGCAUCCUAACCCAAAGGUUUCUGAGCAGGAAAUGGAUGAAGCAAUAGCGCGCACUACUCAUCGAGAGAGCAAGGACAGCAGCUCCUCUCAUGGCACAGGAGCUGCACAAAAAAGCCCCUCGCCUAGUGUGAAAGCCAAACAAGGAGAGACCUCCUCUCCCCUCAGCUGGACUAUGAAACGUUUCCUGGAGCCAGCAAGCCGGCAGGGAUCCGUCAGUUCGGAGGCAGAACUCUCCCAGUACUUCUCGCACGAUGGCCCAAGCCAGCUGUCUUUCUCCGAUGCCGUAGCCAGCUCCUGCGAUGAAGAGCAGCUCCGUCAGAAGAGCAGGAACAGUUUAUUGGAUGACAGCUCCCUCCCUCCCGCUGCUAGAGAAGCAGGAGUGGCAAAAGCAAAUGGUCUGGCUUCUCCAAGCAGCGGGAGGUCGUCUGGCGUUCACAACAAGCACGGGGAGUCUGUCCGGCCCGGCAUCCUCAGCGAUAGCCCCAAGUCUGCCCGCAGCCCCUUCCAUCGUCAGCGAAGGGUCGUUUUCUACGAUGGUGACGUUAGUGAUGACGAUGAAAGCUCCCACUUACACAGGAGCCAGAGGGCCAAGAGCCAGGAGGACUCUGGCGUUGUCAUUACGACCCCGUCUGUAGAAAUUGAUGAUGAGAGCCAGGAUGGCGAAUCACCGAGAUACACUGGCACGGAGACAUCUUCCCCCCACUUCAGCCACUCCGUGGAGUCUGCAGACAGCACACUGGAGCAAGUAGACUCUCCUUUUUUCCCGAUCAUAGCGUUUGAUUACUCAAGUGUACCCGAAGUUCGUCUCGGCAGCCUGAGUUUGAAGGAGCUCCGGGAAGCACAACUCGAAUCUAAGAGAUCUCCAAAACUGGAGCACCGAGCUGUCACAAGAGUGAAAAGUAUGAUGAGCACCGAGUGCCGAAGCCUUCAGAGGCAGAAGACGGAGGAGCAUGGCUCUUACAGCAAGCCCGUUGCAAGGACUCUCCCUCACAGCAAAAAGACUGAGGCGUCUGACAGCUCCGGGCAGGGCCAGGGUGAAAUAGUCACUCUGGUUCGCAAUGAGCAUGAGUCCUUCGGCCUGGAUUUGGAAAUCCAGGCCAUGCCAUUAAAGGUGGUCGUCACAGGGCUGCGGCCAGGUGGAGCAGCUGAAAGGGGAUCAAUGGGCAAGAUGGCUGUGGGGGAUGAGAUUACCACUAUCAACAGUAUCCCCAUCAAUAAGAUGACUUACGAGGAAAUCUGCUUGCUCAUGCAGUGUCUUCCCACAUCUGUAACCCUGGAGAUCCAGAAAGCAGCAUCAGCUGUCAGCAGAUUUACAAACCUUAUCCUGACUCCAGGGCUAGAUGGUCAAAAUCAGAGCGAUCUCAGCAGCUUCCUUGUGACUGAAGAAAAGAGCUGUGGGAGGCAAGAAGGAGCCGGUUUGCAGAAUGAUGGUCCAGGCUGUGCAGCGGAGAGACCAACACUGCCACCUCAUGCCAAGAGCAAAGAUGUGCAAACAGGCACUGCGCAAAGCAGCCGUGCUGAGGACAGCGCCGCGAUCCCCGUCACUGAUAUCGAUGACUUGCUCGGCCAGAUGAGUGCCCCAGAGGGCAGAGGUUCGCGGACCCCAUCGCGAGCAGAAAGCCCCCUCCGAGACGAGUACACCACGAUGUGCUGCUGCGGGACUGACGAAGGCUGUCCGGGCUCUGAGCCACGGCCGGCGAAGGAGCUGCUGGAAAAAACUAUGAAUUGCGCAGCUAACGCAGAAGGGGUUUUGGGGUUGUCAGCAUUGGACUCCAUUAACACAGGCAAACUUUUUACUGUGAAUAAAAACUCUUUAAAUAACUAUUCUAGGAAUUUUAGCAGUUUAAGUGAGGAUGAGCUCCCUGCAGCAAACACCCUGGAAGGUAAGAGAAGCGACCCAUUUCCAAAGUCUAUGUACGGGGCCGCAGAGGAUUCUCACUCAGACACAGAGUCUGUCACGGAAACCUUUGAUACCACUAGUGACGUGUUGCUCCUGCCCUGUACUGCUGCUAAUGCCCCUGCAGGCUGUACUAUAACAGAGUCGGAUGAGGAGCAAAUCGAGAUUUGUUGCACGAGUAACGAGCCACAAAAGCCUGCUCAGGAGCAGCAUCUCCCAUCCGCAACAAGCUUAUCCCCUCUGUCCCCCCCAGACUCUUACAGCAGCGAAGUUUUGCAGAGUGAGGACUGCACAAUGUGCAGGUCGCUGGAGACGAGCAUUAACAAACUAGAACUGGAAGAUCGGAGUGGUCCCACCCCAUGUCCCUCACAGCGUUUAGAUGUUUCCUCUGCAUCCCUCUGUUCUUCUUCAUCAGUUUUCCUGCCAGACAAAGAUACCCUAAAAAAUUCAGUAGGUAUCCCUGAAGUUUACUCUUUGCAUAACAAUUGUGCCUUAAGUGCAGAAGAACAGACGGGCUUGGGGAGCAGUGGCAGACAUAUGGAGUGCUGUGAAUCCGUUGAAGAGGAAGGGUCUCUGCACUGCAAGAAGAUAAGCUGUUGUUCUGCUGGAAAUGUCAAUGGCUUGGAGAGCAACUUGCUGGAGAAGGAAGGAUGUUAUGAUGAACAGAGAUCCACAUUUGAAAGUGAAACAGUGGUUGAGGACUGUAAUCAUGCCAUUAGUUACUGCUUAGCAAAGAAAGAAACCAACAAUUUGUCCAACUUGUCUAAAACAGACAGCAAUUAUGGGAACAUGUCGUCACAAAGAGCAAUAUCACUCAGGUCUCCCUUUCCCACUAGAUCUAAAGAUCCAAAGGCUAAUAUAACCCAUGACUUGCCAGGGAAAAAUGAGAAAAUUAACUCUGUGACUUCAGGAAGGAGUUCAAAUGCAAAAGUCCAAAGCUCAGGCACAAAUCACUGCAAAGGAGCUGCAGUACCGCACAGCCCAUCCUCUCAGAAAAAAUCGUGUCAGGAGUCUAAGGCACAAACAGCGCAAAAAAGUAUAAUGGAAACCCUUUUAAAUAACCAGAAGGCCAAAGCAGGACCAAAGAUCAAGGGCUUCACUAUCAAAAGCAAAACAAAGGCAAAUUCAGACUCUUCUGGGAUUAAUCCUACCAAAGUCAAUGGGACUGAUCAGAAAAGGCCUUCUGUUUCUCCACAGCUGUCCCCCAAGCUCCUGGGGAAGAAAGCACCAUUGUCCCGUUGCUUACCUACAAACACAGAUCCUGGCAAGAGUGUUUCAGCAGUCUCAAGGGCUCUGAGGUCAGAGCUAGAAAAUAAACCAUCUUUGGUCAUUUCUGGAGAAUCACUUUUGCCUUCCGUGAAUGGCACCAGCAGCCCAGUAGAGAGCAGUGAAAUAAAAUGUGGUGGCUACGGGGAGCUAACAGAUCAGCAGCAGGGAUGGGGAAAGCAAAAAGAAAAGCAAGCUUCCACGCAGCCUGAGGUGUGUCGGGGUAAGGGCCCUAAGAUGGAUGAUUUCAGAGCUAGGGACAGUCAGCCCAAAGCUGCCUCAUCCCCAAAGGGGAUACCAAAAGUUGAAUAUGUGAGGGGGAGAACUGAGAACCCUGGAACAGGCCUGAACUCAGUCAAGAGUGUCAAUAAUGAAGAUGGCCUUAAGCAAUUAGAUCUGCAGAACUUAGGAACAUCUGCUAGAAACUCCUCCUCAUUGAGGUCUCCCCCAGUUCAGCAGGAGCAGCCGGAAGGACAGGAGAUUCAGCGCACUUUCAUUGAGGUGAGGCUGUCCUCUUCCUCCUCGUCUUCCUCUUCUUCCUCCUCUGCUUCUUCCUCACCAGCACCAUUUCUGCAGCAGCCAUUGAUGGAAAAAACAGAAGAGGUGAACACAGAAGUGCCUCAAUUGACCGAGGAGAUGAAGGCCACACAGUAUUUUUCUAAAGUGGAUGUCUCUGGAGAUAGAAAUCUCUAUGGCUUGUCGAAACCUGUGACAAGGACUUACUCGAUGCCAGCCCAGUUAUCAGGUCACUUGAGAGAGGAUUGCAAUGCUGCAGACAUUUCAGCUCAUGCUGUGCAUGGCCCUCAGAGCCACGAUGCAGAUGAGAAAUCCCCCCAUUCGGAGAUGGGAAUGUUAAAGAUGGUCCAUCUCAAUCUUCUGAAUGGUCAGAGUGGGAAGGAGCAGGUGUAUGCUUCCAAAAGUGUCCAAAAGGUGCCUGGGGACUCCCCCUUAGCCAGUGACAUUAGCUAUCCUGCCACUGAUAAGCUAAGAAAUUUCAGGAGAAACUACUAUUAUUAUGAACUGAAUUGGCCACAUGAACCUACCUCAUCCUUCUCUGUGAAACAGAGGAUCAAAUCCUUUGAAAAUCUGGCAAAUUUUGAUAGGCCUGUUGUUAAAUCUAUAGAUAUUCACUCAGCCUCUAAAACACCUCUUGGCAGAAGAUCGUGCAGUGGGAUAGGUGCUGUAGCUGCAACCAGCCCAACCGAGGCAUCGCGGGCGCUGAGACGAAGCUUAAGCUCCUACGGCAGCAGUCCGAGCCGGGACAGCGCUCCGGCAUCGCCACAGCUGAUGAAGUCAUCCGUGAGCGUAGACUUGUCGCACACAGCGAGGAAUUUGACCGAGGGCAGCAAAGGAGAAGGUAAAUCGGGGAAGGAAAGCGCUUUGGGAGACCUGGCCUCCUUACCGCCCUCGGUGUCGCAUGUCCAACGGAGCCGGGGUCACGGCCGGCAGCUGCUGUCCCGCUCCAGGCUUCGGGAGCUGAGAGCCCUCAGCAUGCCUGACCUGGACAAGCUGUGCAGCGAGGGCUUCUCUGGGGACCCGCAGGCCGGUUAUUUCAAAACAGAACUGGAAAUCACGCCCAGGAGAUCACUUGGUUUGCCCGCAGAGAGCGAUGCCAACCUGAGCACGUCUUCUGCCCUCUCCAACCUUGCGAGCGGGACUAGAGUGAGCUCGAAAGGGAGCAGUCCUUGGAACAGCGGCUCGGGAACACCGGGGUCGGCGUCGGAGGAUGACGCCACGUGUGACAGCUCUCCAGAUGGGAAACAUUCAGAAAAAAGCUGGUCGGUCAGCUUGGAUCAGCUGCUAGUCUCAAACCUGGAGCAGCAGAAAUUACAGUCUGUUUUGUCAUCGUUAAUACCAAAAUGUGAUGUUGCCAUGAUGCUCCAAGAAGUCAAAGCACAAGUAAAGAGCAAAGAAGAUGCAUACUUUGUAGUCCUGCGUAAAGAAGAAGGAGCUGGCCUGGGAUUUAGUGUUGCCGGAGGAAUAGAUCUGGAACAGAAAUCAGUCACAGUCCACAGGGUGUUUUCAAAGGGAGUGGCAUCUCAGGAAGGGACUAUCCAUCGAGGAGAUCUCGUUCUGUCAAUCAACGGCAAGUCCCUGGUGAGCUCAGUCCACGGGGAUGUCCUGAAUGCGCUCCAUCAGGCGAGGCUGCACAAACACGCGGUCGUUGUCAUCCAGAAAGAAAAAGACAAAGCAAACAAUUUCUCCAGACUUGAGAUAUCAGCUACUGGCAGAAAAUGUGUGGGGUCUGGAAAGGAUGUUGCCAUGGAAAUAGGAACAGAUCCAAACCUGGAUAUGAACAAUGUCAUCUGUGUUGAAUUAUUGAAAACCUCUGCUGGCUUGGGAUUCAGUCUCGAUGGUGGGAAAGCUUCAAUUGCUGGAGACAGGCCCUUGCUUGUAAAAAGAAUAUUUAAAGGUGGUGCUGCAGAGCAAGCUGGAAAAAUCGAAACUGGAGAUGAAAUUCUCGCUGUUAGUGGAAAAUCAUUACUUGGCCUCAUGCAUUACGAUGCCUGGAACAUUAUUAAAUCUGUACCGGAGGGUCCUGUUCAGUUGCUGAUCAGGAAACACAGAACUUCAGUAUGAUGGAAGCGCUGCAUCUAACCACACCUGCUAAGACAAAACCUUUAAAACCCUCUUGAAGCUGUCUUUGCAUUUCUCACGCCACACAGAAGUGUCUUAAUGCCCUCCCGAGGAGUGCGAACGGCUGCAGCGAAGCCCUGAGCACGCGAUGUGCCUCGUCCCAUCUCGCCUCGUUAUCGAGGCCGUCAGGAGCCGAACGCUGCAGAGAUUUUUGUGUUAUGUGGCAGUUUGGAUGGAACUUCAAGACAUUUACCCAGGCUCGGUUUAAAGUAUUUUGACUGGGAUAAAUAACACUGUGCCUGUCCCUGAUAUUUUUAGUAUCUGCAGAGUGUUGGGAGCAUAACUUGUUGGUUGCCCUCCUGUUGACAAGGGUGGGUAUUCAGACUGUACUAUAUCACUUAAUUUGACUUCAGGGCACUUGUUUAGGGUCUGGUCUUUAUUUCUUAUAAUAAGAGAAUGUCUGGAACAAUCUCACUUUAUUCUUCUAAGUGCAGUUUUGCUAAAAAUGCGUGACAAAAGAGAAGUAUAAUUUUGCACAACUUUUUAAGCCUAAAACAAGAGUGUUUUAUCACAAAGCUAAAAAAUCCUCUUAAAACUGAUGAACUAACUCAGCAUCCAUCACAACUGAAUCUGUUCUUAGUGGCGAUUUGUAUCCGAAAGUACUUGGCACUAAUGCAGUAGAAAUUUGUGUGCAAGAAAAUCAUGUCCAAAUAUUAGGUGAUUGUCCACCGAGAAGGUGUACAGCAGUAUAGCAGUUGCGAUUAAAGUGGGAGUGAAAAAAAAUGGGGUCUGAAUUUAAAAAUUUGGGCUUCUAACAUUAGGCACCUUUAAAAUCUAUAUAUUUUUAAAAUUGGGAUAGUUGCAGGUGCUGAGCACUUGCUUAUCCCACAGACUUCAGCGAUUGCUAAUUUUAUCCAAAAGCCGGCGGGCCAGUUUUAUUUGACGACAAGAGGUUUACGGCUGCCUAACUUUAAACACUCAGCCUGGAAAACAGUGGUCUAAGGGUGCGGAUUUUAACAGAUUAAAUCUGAACUGGCCAUGUUCGUGGUGGCUUUCCAUCGUUCUUUUCUUUUCCUGUCCCCUAUUUAUUUUUGCCUGUGCGAAAGUGGGUGAGUACGUGUGCGCUGCGUGCAAGGCGCCAACGGCAGCGGCGGCACGGGGCUGGUGCUGAGGGUCCUGCGUGGUGAAAUUGGAAAGGGUUUCCUAGAUCACAGCUCACGAGGAGAAGCCGUACUGUAGCUACAGCAGAACCUCAGGGGUCAUGGUGCCGCCCAGGCUUCGCUGGGAUUUUCCCACCGCCGCUCACGGUCGGUAUCAGUAGCGGGCGCUUCUGCUGGGGGUUGUUUAUAGCAGGUUGUGUCAGGAGGAGAGAGCGUGGAUGAGCGAGAUUAGCCUGCGCUAUUUCUCCCCCGACGUCUGGGGUGGCCAAACAACAUGAAAGCGGUGCAGGAGGAAGCAGGCCACCAGCCUUAUCAGCUGAGGACAACUUGCUCCCGAGCCCUCAGGCUGUUUGUGGAGCUCCGAGGGGAGCCCCGCGCUGAGGGCGCCCAGCCUGGAGCCGCCUCAGACCUGCAGUGCUGACCACGUUCGCGGGGAGCCAGGAGGCUGGGCAGCUGCUGCAGAAAGGUCUGGGCUGAUCGCUUGAGCCUUCCCCGAGAUCGUGCUCUAGUUCAGUUGGUAUUUAUUCAGCACAGCUUGUCGCAGUUGCUUGCAGGGUAGCGGGGCGCUCGCUUUGGUCCAGUUUUGGUAGGCUGCAGCUUGCUACGUGCAGAAGAAAACGCCGUUCUGCGAGGCGACCCGAGACCAGGCGAGCAGGAAAGCUGUGCCACGUUUGCUGGUAAAUCAACAGAUUUCAUUCUUCGUCGGUGACGCGCGUCAGCAUGGGGAUCCAGGGCGAGCUGCAGCUCUGGGCUGCGGGAGGGGCAGUGCUGGGCGCAGUCCGGGGCUCUCGCCCUGCAGAGUCGCUGCUGAAGCUACUUCAGGUUCAGCGCUGCGAAGGGGCGGUGGAGAUGGGUGCCUCGUGACGCCAAAGCUGGGCCGCUCCGUCAGGACCGGCCCUCGCCGUCGGUUGCCCCGGGGCAGGCAUCGGGAGGGGGCCGUGCCCCGCGCAGGGGACCGCGCUGCGCCUGCGGGCUGUGCUGGGAAAAAGAGCUUAGCUGUGCUCGUCAGUUGGAAAACAAGGAGAAGACAUUUGGCAAUGACAAACAAACUGCGAGGCCUUGUUCGGGAACGACCAAAAUCCGAUUGCGACCGACAGUGUGUAUAAUAGAUACAUAAAAUGCAUGUGGAAUUUAAUGCAGCGUAGUGACUACAUACCUGUAUAUGUAUAAUACGUACAAGUGCAGUACUGACUUUUUGCUACUUCAAUAUGGUAAAUCACAAUUGUGUUUUAGGAAAUGGCAUUUCUUUCCAGUCCACGGUUUAAAAUUCAUGAAGUCCCAACCCAGGGAGCACAUUGCUCCCUCACUCCUAAGCCAGUGUGAACUCAAAGGUGAAAUCUUCAUUUUGUAGAUUAAUUUGAGGUGUCUUAAAAUGAAAUGUGGUGAAUAUUUUCAGACACUUAUUUGCAGGUACUGUUCAUUGUGAGUGAUUUAGAAAGCUUUCAUUUUUCAGUAAUCAGAUACUGUUCAGUCUUUUGUUUUACAUGCACGUAGAUAUGUGUUGGAUCAGUAACAGCAAAGAGAGGGGGGAAUUUUUGUGUGUGAUUCAGUAGUGACUAUAAUUUAAAAGAUAGAUUUAAUGUUUAAAGUCUAAUAGUUAAUAUGGAUAGAAUGACACACUUCUCUACUAACUUUACAGCAAGAAAAAGAUUACUUUAGCCCUGAUUGUCUCUGUCCCUGAAAAUAACUAUUUUUUGUGAAGGAACAGGAAACAUCCUUAGUGAUGCUUAGGAAUGCAGUAGCAUUUCCAGAUGCCUCUGUUGAGGUGGUUCCCUGUAAAAGCCCCAGAAUUUAUAGGAGAUGGUUCUGCUUUAUUAAGAAUGGGAUGGAUAGAUCAAACGGAUGUAGUGAACCUGCCAUUACACAUCUGGUAAAGUAAAUGUUGUUACUUUUCUGAGUGCCUGUAACACUAAAAUGGCAGAGGGAGUUUCAUUAGUUCAUCGGUAUUCGAUAGGUUUGUGAGUAUUUUUAGGUUUGCUGAUGGCACGUUGGCCCUGAGGUGAUUCUGCCCUUGCAGGAGAUUUGGCCAAGCCCUAGGAGGUGACUCUCCAGAGACUCACAGCUACGUCUAGGAAGACAAGAAAUAAGGUUGUAAUUACGUGCUUGAUCCCAGACUGGUCCCAAAGGCAUUCCAAAUGAGGCUGAAUUUCCUCCUAGAUGGAGCAGGUCUGGCAGGGCUGACAUCUGCUGCCUCCCGGGCCUGGAGCAGCUCAGGAGGAUGCACAUCCCGGGUAGGAGAGCAGGCUCUAGUGUGAUACUGGCCAAUAGCAUGUCCUGUGGCGUUUUGCACCUGGAAGCAGUAUCAGGCCGGAAGGGAGCCAUAUCGGAUGAUUUUCUUGCUAAAAAGACUCCUUUGAGGGCAACUAAGUAUUAAGAAAAUGUUGAGUGAUUCAUGUUUCCUAGUAACUCUCACUUAAAAAUAACCGUGAUUAAUAUUCUUAUCAAAGGCAGAAGGAGCCAUUCCCAGAGAGGAAUGUGUACAUGCUUCUGUGUUUAGGGUAUGUAAAUGUACACAUGGAAAUAUUGAGGAGGAGUAGACUAGAUCAUGUGAGGAAUUGGGAUCCCACUCUAGGUAGGUUUUGUGUAUUAGGCUGAUACACUUCUUGUAUGAUAUUGUAUAUUUACACUUUUAUUUAUAUAAAUAAAACUUCUUCUAAUGAAAACUGUUUAAAAUGCCUUGUAUAUUAUAAAAAGUGAGUGCAAUAACAUGAAAUAGAUUGUACAUUUUCAAAUUUGCUGUCUCUGUUAUGUAAAUCUGUAUCUCCAUAAAUUGUUUUGUUUGGUUUUUUUAGUGAUUUUGAAAAUAAAUGGUAUCCUUAGUA